AUGACCUCGCAGCCAUCAGCUGCAAAUGCAGCAUCCAUGACCUCGCAGCCAUCAGCCUCUCCAGCAGGUGAAUGGCUGAAUUCCGCAUCAGCAUCAUCAGCAAGGCCAGGACCAGCAGAAGAUGAGCAGGCUCAGGAGCAGCCAGCCGAUGAUGAAGGAUUUCCAACACAGGUUGUCCCGACCUCAUGCCCAGAACCAAGCCAAGAGGUGGCGACGCCGGUUGAGGAACCAUUGCCACUGGUUGAGGAACCAUUGCCAGAUGCAUUUGAUGUUGAUCCAAAGGGCAAGAGUUGCGUGCAAUUUGAUACAGAAGCCUUAAAACGCUUCGAAGGAAUCCGAGGUAUGUCAGAAGAGCAUCCCAAACCUGUAGGAUCAGAGAAUUUCCGAAAACGGCCGAACUAUGAUGGGUCCAGAAGGAGGUUCUUUAAAAUCCAGCAGACUCGAGUGUCGCACCUUGCCAGUUUGCUAAAUGAUGUGAAUUUCAACCAUGACAUGGGAAUCAGGCUUCGCGGGUCUCCGGAACAGAAAACAAUCCAAGGCAUGCUGAGAAUGGCCCUAGCCCAGCUCGAGUACAACGAUUGCUUGGCCAGGACCAAUGCCGAUGUCACCGGAGGAUAUGUUUCGUUUCAAAGGGGAAGCCGCAAGAGGAAUGCUCAGAAGGAGACGAUGACCGUCGUCUUCGAGGCCGAUGAUCAGCAAUCUGAGUCCUCAGAGUCUUCAGUGGAGGGGCCAGAGGAGGAAGACAUUGUCAUUCCACGGGAGCCCCUAGAGGAAGAUCAGGAGCUUCGGCUACACAUCCUGGGGAUGACUGGAUUUUGGACCAGUUCUAUCGAGACGAAUUUCGCAUCGAAGCUCUCCGAGCUACCAACGCACUGGUUGCUUUCUUCUGUACCAGUGACCUUCAGCGGAGGUCUCAAGACUGAUGAGACUGGAAUCCAUGCCUUCAUCUUUAUGAGGUUUCGAUAUCCAAAAACAUCUGUGCAUCUCCCAGCAGAAGGCCUGCCGAUCCGCUUCCGGAGCAUUCUUUCCACGUACACCUGGCCAAAGCAGUUCUUGAGUGUGAUUGCUCAUGAGUAUGGAGAGCAGUGGCUCAUCAACCGUCUCAAGACUUGGAAGUGGAGCAUGAGCACGGCCUUCAGUGGAGUAGGGGAGUUUGUCCGGGCUCUUGCAGCCAAACCAGUGCUGACUGCCGGAAACUAUUUCUGGCAGAAGAUUCCCGAGACAACUCUCACGGAGAGAAAUCUCAUGGACUACCGCGCCAUGGCAAACAUGGCCUAUCCGGACCUUACGCAAUAUCCCAAGAACGGCCGGCCGCGGGGCGGGUUGAGGGAUGGUUCCCUCAUGGCCCUGACGACAAAUUGCAGCAAGUUCUUCUCUGAGGAGCACCACAGGUUCAUGGAACCCACCGAGCUCUUGAGUGCCCAGACUCUUCCUACGACUAGGCUGCAGGAAAGGGCUUGUCUUGCUCCAAAAUUGGAGAUUAAGGGAGUCAAUCAAAACUUGAUUCCCAAGUUUGCUGGCAACAGCAUGUCUACUCCGUGUGUAGGGUGUGUUUUGUUGGCUGCCUUGUGCGGCCUUGAACGUCUUUAA